CCUUCGCAAAAAGGAAGAGAGGGGUUCCCCUUUUGGCCCUGGACCAGUGACUUUGCUGUUUCUUCCUUGGAGAGACCUGGCUUUGGGCGAUGGGGGGAUAAGGGGAUUAGAGUAGUGGCUCUCGUAGGGUGGUCUGAGGGGCCCUGUGGGUCCGAAGAUCCUUUCAAAACUAGUUUCAUAGUAAUGGUAGGAUUUCGUUUCCCUUUCUUACUCUCGCUGAAAUUUUCCAGAGAACUGAUGUGUGAUGACGUCAUCGCUCUCAUGACUAAAGGAAUGUGUGCUUGUAUUGUGUUUUCCAGAAUUUCCUAAGCUUUCCGAAAGUUCCACAUUUGUUGAAAACUACAAACAAACAUAUCCAAGAAUCCCAGUGAAUGCCAAGCAGCAUAAACACAAAGAAAACCACAUCAAGGCACUGCAGAAUCAAAUUUCUCAAAACUAGUGAUACAGAGAAAAUCUUAAGUUAAGACUAAUCACUGGUUUCUCAUCAAAAACAAUGCAAACCAGAAGAUGGUGGAACAACAUCUUUAAAGCAUUGGAAGAAUGCUUUCAACCCAGAAUUUUAUAUCCAGUGAAAAUGUCAUUCAAAGAUGAAGGCAAAAUAAAGACAUUUCAGAUAAGCUAAAGCCAAGAGCAUUCAUCACUAGUGACCUUGUACCACAAGGAAUGCUAAAAGAAGUUCUUCAGGUUAAAGGAAAAGGAUACCAGAUGGACACAAGAAUCUAUGCAAAGGAAUGAAGAGUACCAGAAAUGUUUUCUGACAUCAGAAGUGGGAUCCAAAGAAGACCCUCAACAACUCUGAGGCCAGUGAGCAACCACGUGCUGGUACCCACUGGGUCCAUUGAGCUCACCACUGUCUUGCCAACCUUGCAGUCAGCCUGAAUGCUGCUCUCUUUGCAUGUUGAGCUCUUGGAAUUUAUUGUGCAUACCUGUAUUCUGUUUGUUGAAGCUUCUUGAAGAAGAAAGGAAAAAGAAGAAGGCAAAACCUAAAUGGAUAUAGAAAGAUGCAAAAGGCUUUGUACCCUGAGCAAAGGGCUGCUUGCUCCCAGCAGAGGACUGACUCAAGGAUCUCAGAAUCCCGAGAAACAGAGAGUCUUCCACAUUCAUGAAGCAUGUUCACCAAUACAUGUGAAUCAUGUUCGAGAUAAGUUGCGGGAGAUAGUAGGAGCAUCCACAAACUGGAGAGACCACGUGAAAGCAAUGGAGGAAAGAAAAUUACUUCAUAGUUUUUUGGCUACGUCACAGAAAGGACUGCCACCUAGGAGAAUGAAAGACAGUUACAUUGAAGUUCUCUUACCUUUGGGCAGUCAGCCUGAAUUACGAGAGAAAUAUUUGACUGUUCAAAACACUGUAAGGUUUGGCAGGAUUCUUGAGGAUCUUGACAGCUUAGGAGUUCUUAUUUGCUACAUGCACAACAAAAUUCAUUCAGCUAAGAUGUCUCCUUUAUCGAUAGUUACAGCCCUGGUGGACAGGAUUGAUAUGUGUAAGAAAUGCUUAAGCCCAGAACAGGACAUCAAGUUCAGUGGCCAUGUUAGUUGGGUUGGGAAGACGUCCAUGGAAGUGAAGAUGCAUAUGUUCCAGUUACACGACAAUGAAUUUUCCCCUGUUUUGGAUGCGACAUUUGUAAUGGUGGCUCGUGAUUCUGAAAACAAAGGGCCGGCAUUUGUUAAUCCACUCACCCUUGAAAGCCCAGAGGAAGAAGAGCUCUUUAGACAAGGAGAAUUGAACAAGGGGACAAGGGUCGCCUUCAGCUCCAUGUCAUUACUGAAAAUGGCUCCCACUGCUGAGGAGAGGACAACCAUACAUGAGAUGUUUCUUAACACGCUGGAUCCAAAGACUAUAAGUUUUCGAAGUCGAGUUUUGCCUCCUAAUGCAGUGUGGAUGGAGAAUUCAAAACUGAAGAGCUUGGAUAUUUGCCACCCUCAGGAGCGGAACAUUUUCAAUAGAAUCUUUGGUGGUUUCCUUAUGAGGAGAGCAUAUGAACUUGGAUGGGCUACUGCUUGUAACUUCGGUGGUUCCCGACCAUUUAUAGUCACCGUGGAUGAUAUCAUGUUUCAGAAACCUGUUGAGGUUGGAUCAUUGCUGUUUCUUUCUUCGCAGGUUUGCUUUACUCAGGGAAAUUACAUUCAAGUCAGAGUACACAGUGAGGUGGCCUCUCUACAGGAUAAAGAGCAUAUGACCACCAAUGUCUUUCAUUUCACGUUCAUGUCGGAAAAAGAAGUGCCCUUGGUUUUCCCCAGAACAUAUGGAGAGUCCAUGUUGUAUUUAGAUGGGCAGCGGCAUUUCAACUCCAUCAGUGCACCAGUGACCUUGAAAAAGGACUACCUCAUCAAGCCCUAGGAAGACCGCGUUUGUUAAAGGCCAGUGCCCCACAGUGACACAGUGUCUGAUGAAGGCCUGAGCAAGUAUAUUGCUCUUAGUGUUUAUUCUCAUCCUCCAUAGCGAAGAAGGAUGUAUUCAGCUUUUAGGUUGAUCAGAAAAGUAGAAUGAGAGAAUGGCUGGGUGGGGCAGAGGGGGAAAGAAUUAUUGAAUAAUAAAUACUUUCAAGACAGUUUAAA